UCAUUUUUACUCAUGUGCACUCAAGUAGGCAUACCGAGAUUGAGGUGACAGCGCGCGAGCCAAUCAUCGCGCGGCGCCUGCUCGUUCUCGAGCGCGCUCUCCAGCGCGGCGCACAUUCACACGCGGAUCGCAGCGAGCGUCGCGUCGCGUCUCCUCUCAUUCCCGCGGAUGUCUCAUGUAAACAUGUUCUCCUAGACACUGACAGAAAGAAGAAAACGACAGAGACAUCAUUCAGCUGCAUCAAGAAGCACGAGGAGCGACUCAAACUGAGCAACACUGACGUGGAAUCAGAGCGCUGGAGGGGCAGCAGAGGGCAAAGGUCAGACUAGAGAUGCUAAGCUAUGUCAGACUUCUACACACUAAAACAACAUGGAGGAGUUUAAAGUUCAGACCGCCAAACAUCCCGUACCCAACAGUUCGCCCAUGAGGCCGCACAGCGAGCACUCAAAAGAGAAUGCAGCCAAACGCCUGUCCUCCGCGUCCAACGGCACGAGCGAUGGAGGAGCGGGCUGCAAAACGCCCGUGGAGAUCACCGCGCUGGAGGAGGCGUUUCGCCGCUUCGCCAUUCACGGAGACACGCGAGCCACCGGGAAAGACAUGAACGGCAAGAACUGGUCCAAACUGUGUAAAGACUGUGGCGUCAUCGAUGGCAAGAGCAUCACCCUCACAGACGUGGAUAUAGUCUUCUCUAAAGUCAAGAACAAAUCUGGCCGCACUAUUACAUACAGCCAGUUCAAAGAAGCACUCGUGGAGCUGGCCAGGAAACGCUUCAAAGAUAAGAGCAGCGAGGAUGCCGCACAAGAGGUUUACAAAAUGAUAGAAGGGAAAUCGCCCAUUAUAUCUGGAGUCACGAGAGCCGUGGCCUCUCCGACCGUGUCCCGCUUGACUGACACCACCAAGUUCACCGGAUCGCACAAGGAGCGUUUCGACGAGACGGGCCGCGGGAAGGGGAAAGCAGGGCGCGUGGAAGUGGUGGACACGUCUGGAUACGUCCCUGGAUACAAGCAUGCAGGGUCAUACGAGAAGAAGGUUCAAAAACCUCCACAAAAACCCAUGUGAGAUUCUCCAUCCAGCAGUGAACGCGAAACCCGACUCUAUAAAGCACAAAGGAAUUUUCCAUUUUCCAUUGAGGGUACGUCUUUUUUCUGUGAAUAACAUUGAGUUUAUGUUCCUCUUCCUUUAAGUGUUUUAUUACUUUUAACUGGAACGCUGUUUACAUCCAAACACCGACGUCACCAGCUGGUACGUUCCUAACAAACACGAUGAUGCCAAGAGAAAGACAGGAUUGCACGCUCUAUUAGUGAAGGUUUUUGUUGAUAAUCUGUCGUACAUAUUGACAUGAAAUGCAUAUAUGAGUAUUUGGCGUUUUGUGGCUUCUCUAAUGAUGCAAUAGAAUCGGGCCUGAAAUAUAAGUUACACGCAAACGCUUGAGCAAUGCAAUGCAAGUGCAUGAUCCCAUGGGAAAGUUGAAGUUUCCUUUAAAUGUUUGUGCCAUUAAACAAUUUGCAUUAUAAUAGCACACAAAACUGAGCUUGCAAAACUAGAAGUGUGGUCACGUAUUUUUAUAUUUUUCACUUAUAUUUUAAUGCAUUUGAUAGACGCUUACAUUGCAUUCAAGGUAUAAAUUUGAUCAGUUCAUGCAUUCCCUGGGAAUCAAACCCAUGACGUUGCUAGCGGCAUGCUUGUAAAGUUUGUUUCAGGCCUAAGUUAAAAAAUAUAUAUAUAUUUAACUUUAUAUGACAGACUUAUUAUAAAUUACACAUAAUUUAAAGGGGUCAUGACAUGGAUUUUAAUGUUCCUUGAGGUUCACGUGAGGUGCACACACGCAAAAAAAAAAAAAAUUCAGUGAUUAUAAUGGUUCUAUUUGCUUUUGACACGACGCUCACAUUCAGUAUAGGCAAAUGUCAGCCAUUAAAGGCACAAUAUGUAAGAUUUUUUAAUUAAAAUAUCCAAAAACCACUAGAACAAUGUUAUAUAUUUUGUUGACUUGUGUACUUACAUUAUCCCAAAUGUUUCCAACAAUGUUUAAAUCCAGAGAAAUCAGCAAUUUUAACCAGGACACGGACCGUGUCAUUGUGUCACCUGUCAAUGUCAGUUUUACUAAUAUCAAUCUAGAUUACUGCAAAGUGCAAGAAGCGUCUCAUAGCAGCCACCGAGCAAACGCACAGAGUAAUAUUAUAACACACUCAAAUGUAUUUAGAUUGUUUUAAGCAUGUAAAACGGCGCUGCGUUACCCCACAUACACAACGAAAAGAGUGGAAGUGGCCGACUGCAGCAAAAGCAUAAUAAAAGCUCUACUGGACUCAAAAUCGGUGUGUAUCGCAGGUGUCCAUCAUUAGCAUUCUCUCCAGCUCUCGACCCGUCCUGCUAUAUACCACCAUAAUGUUAGUAAAACUUUAAUACAUUAGCUCAACCACGAACAUUAUUUCUGCCCGAGUCCGUCAGAUUCCUUUCCAUCGGGUGUGGAGCUGAAGAUGACAACUCCCAUGAUUCCACGCUCAUUCACGGCAUCAUCAAGCUACGCCUUUGUUUUGAAUAAGCGACCUCUAGGAGUGAAAAAAUUACAUAUUGUGCCUUUAAGCGGCUCAACGCCAGUGGGCGGGGCCUAUGGUGCGCUGGUGUAAAACUAUUCGUCGAUGUCUUGCUCUGGAGGCAGUCAUAUGCAAAUGUAUUUGCCCAUGUGAUCACACAAUAUCCAAACCAGCCAUUUUUGAAGCUUGAUUAAAUAAAUGCAUUGUUUAUAACGAGGAGGACUUUUUUAAUGGAUGUUUUAAUAGUUCUUAUAUGUCAAAAGAUCAAGGCAAAUUUGAUUUCUCAUGUCAUGACCCCUUUAAAUAAUUUGGAUGCAUUUGUGGCUUUUAAAACUGACUUGAUUAUUUUGUUCUGCAUCCCCAUUUAAUUUACCUGUACCAAGAUCAUCUAGAUUUUAAAUUUUAAAAAAAUCUAUUGAUUCUGUUUGAAUUUUAUAUAUAUUUUAUACACAUCUCUAUGAUCUAUAACUGAAUGCAAAAGUCCAACCAUCAUAAAUUGUUGCUUGAUGCAUAAAGAAUUGACCGCUGGUGCUCAAGAUUGUAUAUCUAGUUGUUUGGUCGAUGUUUUUGUAGGUUUGACAAGUUGAUGGCAUAGCUAACUAUGUAUUUUUGAUUCUAAUAUGAAACACUGCCUGUGUGUUUUUAAUUGUGAAAUGAUUAACUAUAUUAUGUAAAAGAAAACACCAUCAGCAAUAGGUUCAGGAUUUUCUUGUCAUUUCCCUAUUUGCUCUGCAUCACAAUACCUUUGACCAGCAUCAUCAUACCUCAAUACAGACUAAAUAAUGUCAAACCAGCGGGGUUAAUGGCUUACUGUCCUUUCAAACUCCUCUGUGUAUUUUAACUAAGAGCUUUGGGUAAACAAAAUGCCAAAAACAACACAAAAGUUUCUAAUGAUUUUUUUUAACAUAUAUAAUCAGACUCACACUGAAUCUGCAGCACUGAAUCAGAACAGAGUUGCAUGUUCUUUAAUGAAAUAUUUUGGCUAAUGUGAUCAUCUUUUUGCUCUAUUAGCACAUUUUACCAUAUUUAAAUCCAUUAUGCAGAUCAGCAUAGAAAAUACAAUUAGGUUUGCAGAUUAUGCCUGGGCCUGUUCAUCAGCAAUAGAUCAAACUGCAAAUGAACAUAUUAAGAGGAAUUUUGUAUUCUGCUGUGGAUUUUAGUUUGAAAAGCACUGUUGUUAUAUUUAACAUGUCAUAUCAAGGCACUUUGCUGUUUUUUUUAAUACGUGCAGUGUUUCUGCCUACAGAACAAUGUUUACAAGAGAAGUGACAUGCUGUAACUAACGCUGGCAUGGCAUAAAUGAAUACAUUCCCUUUACCAUAACUAGUGUUCGGAAUUAUUUAUAAACGCACUGCCAUCUGAACACACUGGACAAGAUCCAACCUUCAGGGUUCCCACACUUCUGACCAAUGAAUUUCAAUGCCUUUUCCAUGACCUUUCCAGUCGUUUUGUGAAUACUGGAUGUGGAUUUAAAAAAAAAAAAAAAAAAAAAAAAUCAUUCCGAUUCACUAUUGAAUCAUUCUAACUGAUUCACUAAAGACAACCGACUCAAAAGAAUGAUUCGCUCACAAAUCGGACCUCAUGGCUUGCGAACAAGUUUAACUCAAUGCAAAAUCAAUAUUUAUUAGCUAAUUUAAUAUUUUAAAACAGAGCAUCACUAGUAAAAUCUAUAUUCAUUAUAUUUUCAAGACCCAUUCACACCAAGAACGAUAACUAUAAAUAUAACGAUAAAGAUAUAGUUCUAAAAAUCGCUCUAAAUAUAAAAGAAUAGCACUGUCCACACCACAGCUAUAAUGAUAACGAUAUAGAGAAACAAUAUCGUUGGGAUCACUUUCAGAACUUUUUUUUUUUUCUUCCCAGCUGUUGAACGAUAAAACACUGACAGCCAAUUCUUGGUGUGAACAGGCUUUAAGACCUUUUAUGACGACUUUUCCAGACCUGGAAAACAGAUUUGAAAUCCCCAGAUAUUUUUACAUGAUCGUGGGAACCCUUUGAAAUAGAUGAAAUUGUCCAUAUUUACAGAGAGAAGGGAUGAGUAAGAGUGUACAGACAUAUUCUUCUACAGAACAUCUAUUUUCAGAUAAGAGAAGUGGCAACGGAUCAUAAAUGUCAAGCUCUCCUGCGGAUUCUGCUCAGAAAGUGACUCAUAUUUAUGAUAAUAAACCACAAAUAAGUAUACAUGUUGUCGUAUUUUAUGAUUAUGAUUUUAAUGUUUCGUGUGCUUAAUGCCAAAUACUGUUAACCAUCCAUUUUGAGGAACAAUACUGUCUUAUUUUUUAAAUAAUGUUUUUUAAUGUUCUACAGUAUCCUGAUAUGCAUGUCAUAUGGUGAUGGUAAAAUGAUUUUAACGUGUUAGUGUUUUGUAGCAUCGUAUUGAAUAAAAAAACAAACUGCC